CGUGGGCCCCCCUCCCCCCUGUCCGCCGCGCGAUGUCAUUGGGUCGUAACUCUGAGUGAUCCUUCGGUCGGCCCAUCCCGUGCCCAAUCCCGUCCAGCCUGGGGCUCUAGGCGAUGGCCGCGGCUGGGAUCCUCCUGGCCGCCGCUCUCGGGGGCGGGCUGCUCUUCAUCGCGCGCUGCUUCUCUUCCGUGGCCAGAAAAGUCGCGCUGAAGAUGCCGGCCGGCGGCUCGAUGGAAGGCAAGACUGCCAUCAUCACCGGGGCCAACAGCGGCUUAGGGCGGGCCACGGCGGCCGAGCUGCUACGGCAAGGCGCGAGGGUCAUCAUGGCCUGCCGGGACUGCGGCCGCGCGGAAGAAGCCGCCCGCGAGCUCCGCGCCGAAGUGGGCCUCUGCUCGCGCGGGGGGGGCGAGUGCCGCGGGGAGCUGGUGGUGCACGAGCUCGACCUGGCUUCGCUCCGCUCCGUGCGCAGCUUCUGCCAGCAGGUGCUGCAGGAAGAACCAAGGUUGGAUGUCCUGAUCAACAAUGCUGGGAUAUUCCAGUGUCCUUAUAUGAAGACAGAGGAUGGUUUUGAGAUGCAGUUUGGCGUCAAUCACUUAGGUCACUUUUUGCUCACAAAUCUCCUCCUUGGUCUUCUAAAAAGUUCUGCUCCCAGCAGGAUUGUAGUGGUAUCCUCCAAGCUUUACAAAUAUGGAGAAAUCAACUUUGAUGACUUAAACAGUGAACUAAGUUAUAACAAAAGCUUUGCCUAUAGUCGAAGUAAACUGGCCAACAUAUUGCUUACCAGGGAGUUAGCCCGACGUAUACAAAACACAGGUGUCACUGUGAAUGUAUUACAUCCUGGUAUUGUCAGAACAAAUCUAGGAAGGUAUAUACAUAUUCCUUUAUUAGCCAAGCCCCUUUUCAAUUUGGUAUCUUGGGCAUUCUUCAAGUCUCCAUCAGAAGGAGCCCAGACCAUUGUUUAUCUGUCCACUUCUCCUGAAGUAGAGGGUGUAUCCGGGAAAUAUUUUGGAGACUGCAAGGAGGAGCAGUUGUUGCCCAAGGCCACAGAUGACUUGGUUGCAAGAAAAUUGUGGGAUAUCAGUGAAGUGAUGGUGGGGUUAUUAAAAUAACCUAGAAGAAGCACUUUAUUGAAACAAUGGUCAAAGCUAUUUUUGAGACUUCCGUUAUUUUCCUCGCACUUUAUCCCCUUGGUUUUUGAGACACUUAUUUUGGGAUUCAGAGCAGUCUGUGUCGAUUCUUGAUUCUUUCCCCCUUUUUUACAAAAAACAAAAAUUUCCAUAGAAAGAAAACGUAAUAUUUAAUGAAAAGAGUUAGAGUAUAAGAAAAAUGUUAAUAUAUUUCAAGAUAUAUAUAUAUAUCUCUCUUCUGUGAAAAUGGAAGAAAAAAUAAAAGGAAGAAUGGCUAUUUUCAAAUUGUGUGCUCAGAGUUCAGUGCUUGGUACCUGAAUCAGCUGUGCAUGGUGCUAUAUUUGAAAUGUGUUGCAGCAAUGUUCUAUUAAAGAAAAAAACAACAACAACUAAGAGACCUAUUUUCUAUGUCUCAUUCAGCGUGGCCUACAUUUCUGCUUUUAAGUAGGAAGCCUAGUCAAAAACUCUAAAGAGAAAAUCUGGCUUGUGAUACCCCAUGCCGGCCUUUCUGCUCUGCCAUGAAAGCCUUCUAGUGCUCUAUGGUUGCACUGUGGUUAAUCAUCUACGUAGCAUCUGUAUUUGCAUAGCAUUUCCACUUGUGUUUGUCUCACAAGAUCUUAUUCUGAAGCAUUUGUUUGUCUCACCGAUUCCUGUCCUCUAAAACUUCUAAAGCCAUUACAAGUAAUGAGAGUGGAAAAUGGACACCUCUGGGGCCUUUGCUUAUUGAAACACUUAUGGGGACAGUUUCCUUUGUUGUGAUCUUUGCUGUUUGCCACCGAUAUGUGCUCUCCAUAAAAUUUUAAAUUCUUCUCCUGGAUUCACUCUCCAAUAAGAAAGGCCAUUCAAAAUUGUUUGAAGGCUGUUUCUGCGUCUGAAAGAUAUUACUGCGGUCUUCCUUUUUUUUUUUUGCUGAGGAUGUAUUUUAGUGCAUUUGUUAUAAAUCCUGGGUGGCCCCAUCUUUUUCCUCUUUGGGAAUAUAACCUGUUUGGUCUACCUGUAUUAUUUCAGAAGUACAGUUUCUCAAGCAUUCAGCUCAUAUUGUGGAUGCCAUUCUCUCCUUAUCUACAAAUGCCGGAAUCCAGAAACAGUUUGGGCAGAACCCAUUGGGUAUACUCUUGAAGUUGGGUUAAGCUAAGCUUGAAGCUUCUUAGAAAUAUUCCGAGUUCAAAUUCACCCAGUCUUUCUGCCUAUACUUUCUAAGAUUAGAAUGUUUAUCCAGAAUCAGCGAGCCAUAAAAUGGCCAAUUACUUUCUCUUGACAAGUGAUUAGGCUUCAUAAGUAACUUUUACUAUAGUCUGUGGAAAUCAUUUUCCUUUCCUUUUAUCUUUUCAUUCCCUUAGUUUUCUCUUAAUUUUUUUUAUUUCCUUAAAAAAAUAGGAUAUUUAUCAGUUGGGUCUAGUAUCUUCGGGAUAACUUUGAAUAAUAUACAAUAGUAAAAUAUGAAUGGGGCUUUCACAUGAAAGUAGAAUUUAAUCUAAAUGCAUUUAAUUAUCAGCUGCAUAGAUAAUUCUGCAGAAACUACUGUUCAUAAAUCACAAAGAAUGCCACCUAAUGCAUAACUGUAAAAGAGGGACGUUAAACAUAAUUGGAGGAAAUGGCGAUGGACUGUGGUUGGAAUUGGCAUAUCUCCUGGCUAUUAAGCUUUACUGCAAUGAAACUGAAUGCAUUCCAAAGAUUUAAGUCUCAAAAGGAAAGGUGCUGGGUACGAGUGAUUCCUAGGGCUUUAUCACAGUAUGCAACCUGUCUUCUGCAGUCUUUGAAGUGAUGAUUUGCUUUCUGUAUGAAUGAAUCGAUUUAGAGGAGCAAAGUUGAAAUACACACACACAUUUGCACAUACAAAAUAUAUACACAACUGUAUGAGCACAUUAUCCAAAAUACAAUUAAACUAGUAUUGAUUUGCAUCAGUUAAUCUCUGCCAUGCAGAGCGGUUAAUAUUUCACAUAGUUCAUUUUUGCUUUAAUUCAUACAAUGUACAUUUCGUAAAUACAGUUCUAUCUGAAAUAAAGUAUAUCAACACGA